AGCGCGCCUUUCUUCCGGUGAAAAGUUUGCUAGGUGAGUUCGUGCUUUCUGUGUCUCGAUUGUCAAUCGUAACUUAUCAAGAAAAUCCCAGAGUUUUUUUCAAUAAAUUAAACAAAACACUUCAUUGUUCCAUAUUUGACAAUGCCACGAGAAAUCAAGGAGAUUAAGGACUUUCUUCUGAAAGCUAGGAGGAAGGACGCAAAAUCUGUCAAGAUAAAGAAGAACGCUGACAAUGUCAAAUUCAAGGUCCGUUGCUCGAGAUUCCUUUACACUCUUGUCAUCACCGACAAAGAAAAGGCCGAAAAACUGAAGCAAUCUUUGCCUCCUGGUCUUCAAGUGAAAGAAGUUAAGAGGAGCGAGCGUAUGUAACUAUGUAAAUAAAAAUUCCAUCUAAAAAAGCUA